CAGGUAAAUAUCCGAGAUCCAUAUGUGAAGUAGAUAUUCUCGAACUCCAGCAAUCGAGUCAGAUCCCACUUCCUUGAUUAUUCUUUCUUUCUUCUGCACACAAAUUUAUGCGCUUUUCUUUCUUCUUCUUCUUGAGGCAACAACAAUGGCGACUGAUUUCUGGACAUCCACACACUACAAGCAAUUGCUGGACCAAGAGGAAGUGGAUGUUGUACACCAACUUGACAAGGACAGAGGCAUCACUCUUGAAGAUUUCAAACUCAUCAAGUUGCAUAUGACCAAUUAUAUUGCAAGAUUGGCUCAAAAUGUGAAAGUGAGGCAAAGGGUUGUAGCAACUGCUGUAACAUACAUGAGACGUGCUUAUACAAGGAGAAGUAUGACCGAGUAUGACCCACGCCUUGUGGCACCAACAUGUUUAUACUUGGCAUCAAAAGCAGAAGAAAGCACCGUUCAAGCAAGGCUUCUUGUAUUCUACAUUAAAAAACUGCAUUCAGAUGAUAAGUACCGAUAUGAAAUAAAAGACAUCCUCGAAAUGGAAAUGAAAAUCUUAGAGGCACUAAAUUACUAUCUAGUUGUGUUCCAUCCUUAUCGUGCGUUGUCUCAGUUGCUGCAAGAUGCCGGGAUGAGUGAUGCAACUCAAAUGACCUGGGGACUUAUCAAUGACAGCUAUAAAAUGGAUUUAAUUUUGAUAUACCCCCCACAUUCAAUUGCUUUAGCUUGCAUAUACGUUGCAAGUAUGCUCAAAGAUAAGGACAACACAGCUUGGUUUGAACAACUAAGAGUUGACAUGAAUAUGGUGGAGAAAGUUGCGACGGAAAUACUAGAUUUUUAUGACAACCACAAAACAAUAACCGAUGAGAAAGUAAACGCCGCGAUGCAAAAACUUAGCACGCGAACAUAAAGUAAUCUAGUAGGGUUAACGGUAUAUUAUCUGUAACAAUUGUAGAGUAGGACGUGAAGGGAUCAUAGAUAGAUUGGAGAUGAUUAUAUCAGGUUGUAUGAAUGCUGAUGUGGAUAUGUAUCAUCUCUAACCAGAUUAGAAUUCAUGUGUCUAUAUGUUGCUUGUAAUUUAAUGUGAAAUUAAACAAACAAUGUAUCAUGUACCUUAAGUUGAACCGAUAUGUUAGGUUUUGUUAACCA